AUGGUGAAACAUCACUUGAGAGAAUCUAUAAAAUCGCUGAUUGGAAGUCAUGUUGAUCCUGAUAAAGAAGAGCAGCUCCGGGGAGCUAAAACAGAAUUUGAAGACAAAGUGAAAAAGCUAUUGAAACUUAUUAAAGAUGACGACAACAUUGAAGAGGAUGGUACCCCAGCAGAAAAUUUGAAGAGGGGACAACUUGCUGAACUGAUUGAGGAUUUCCACGAUCAAUACCAAUCGCUUUAUACACAGUAUGAUCAUCUGACAGGCGAGUUAAAGAAAAGCAUCAAGGGCAAGCGAGAAAAGGGAAGUUCUUCAUCUAGUUCUUCAUCUAGCUCUGGCUCGGAUUCGGAUUAUUCUUCAAAGGACAGAGACAGCAAAAAUGGACAACUGCAAAAUGAAUUUCAAAAGAUAAAUGAUGAAUUAAAGCAAGAACUUGAAGUGGUGCACAAGGAAGUCGCUGAAUUAAAUCAGAAGUUGACAAUUACACAUGAAGAGAAGGAGGAACUAAAUUCAAAACACCUAGCAGCACUGAACAAGUUACAAGAAGCAGAGAAAAUGAAUUUGGACUUGAAAACCGAUGCCGAUGCAUUAGAGAUUCAAAGAUCAAACCUCUUGGCUGAGAGUACUGAACUAAAUAAGAAAUUGGACAUUGCUGGAAAAGUAGAAGCUGAACUGAAUCAAAGAUUAGAGGAUUUGAAGACAGAAAACAAUAGCUUGGCAAAGGAGAAAGAGACUGCUCUCCAACAGAUUGCCGAGGAAAAGAAGAUUACAGAGGACCUCAGAAACCUCAUUGAUCAGCUGAAAGAUGAUAAGUUGGUGGCUGCGAAAGAUUUACAAACAGUAACAGAUGAACUUUCUAUUCUGAAGCAGGAAUUGAAACACUCAGAACAGAAAAUAACAGCUAUAAGCAACAAUCUGGAGGUCACAAAAGAAGAAAAUGAAUCAUUAAAAGCUGAACUUUCGCAGGCUUCGAAUGAGGUUCAGCUGUCUCAAAGCAGAAUCCAAGAAUUUCUAGCUGAAUCAAGUCAGUUAAAGGAGAAACUUGAUGAGAAAGAAAGAGAAGUUUCAACCCUCACUCAAAUGCAUGAAGGGCGUCAGAAUGAGUCCUCAAAUCAAAUCAAGGAACUAGAAGCACAAAUCUCAAAUCUGGGACUGGAACUAGAGUCACUGCGAAACCAGAAAAGGGAUACAGAGGAUCAAUUUCUAGCUGAAUCAAGUCAGUUAAAGGAGAAACUUGAUGAGAGAGAAAGAGAAGUUUCAACCCUCACUCAAAUGCAUGAAGGGCAUCAGAAUGAGUCCUCAAAUCAAAUCAAGGAACUAGAAGCCCAAAUCUCAAAUCUGGGGCUGGAACUAGAGUCACUGCGAAACCAGAAAAGAGAUAUAGAGAAUCAAUUUCUAGCUGAAUCGAGUCAGUUAAAGGAGAAACUUGAUGAAAGAGAAAAAGAGGUUUCAACCCUCACUCAAAUGCAUGAAGGGCAUCAGAAUGAGUCCUCAAAUCAAAUCAAGGAACUAGAAGCACAAAUCUCAAAUCUGGGGCUGGAACUAGAGUCACUGCGAAACCAGAAAAGAGAUAUAGAGGACCAAUUUCUAGCUGAAUCAAGUCAGUUAAAGGAGAAACUUGAUGAGAGAGAAAGAGAAGUUUCAACCCUCACUCAAAUGCAUGAAGGGUAUCAGAGUGAGUCCUCAAAUCAAAUCAAGGAACUAGAAGCCCAAAUCUCAAAUCUGGGGCUGGAACUAGAGUCACUGCGAAACCAGAAAAGAGAUAUAGAGGAUCAAUUUCUAGCUGAAUCGAGUCAGUUAAAGGAGAAACUUGAUGAGAGAGAAAGAGAAGUUUCAACCCUCACUCAAAUGCAUGAAGGGCAUCAGAAUGAGUCCUCAAAUCAAAUCAAGGAACUAGAAGCACAAAUCUCAAAUCUGGGGCUGGAACUAGAGUCACUGCGAAACCAGAAAAGAGAUAUAGAGGAUCAAUUUCUAGCUGAAUCAAGUCAGUUAAAGGAGAAACUUGAUGAGAGAGAAAGAGAAGUUUCAACCCUCACUCAAAUGCAUGAAGGGCAUCAGAAUGAGUCCUCAAAUCAAAUCAAGGAACUAGAAGCCCAAAUCUCAAAUCUGGGGCUGGAACUAGAGUCACUGCGAAACCAGAAAAGAGAUAUAGAGGAUCAAUUUCUAGCUGAAUCGAGUCAGUUAAAGGAGAAACUUGAUGAGAGAGAAAGAGAAGUUUCAACCCUCACUCAAGUGCAUGAAGGGCAUCAGAAUGAGUCCUCAAAUCAAAUCAAGGAACUAGAAGCACAAAUUUCAAAUCUGGGGCUGGAACUAGAGUCACUGCGAAACCAUAAAAGAGAUAUAGAGGAUCAAUUUCUAGCUGAAUCAAGUCAGUUAAAGGAGAAACUUGAUGUGAGAGAAAGAGAAGUUUCAACCCUCACUCAAAUGCAUGAAGGGCAUCAGAGUGAGUCCUCAAAUCAAAUCAGGGAACUAGAAGCACAAAUCUCAAAUCUGGGGCUGGAACUAGAGUCAUUGCGAAACCAGAAAAGAGAUAUAGAGAAUCAAUUUCUAGCUGAAUCGAGUCAGUUAAAGGAGAAACUUGAUGAGAGAGAAAGAGAAGUUUCAACCCUCACUCAAAUGCAUAAAGGGCAUCAGAAUGAGUCGUCAAAUCAUAUCAAGGAACUAGAAGCACAAAUCUCAAAUCUGGGGCUGGAACUAGAGUCAUUGCAAAACCAGAAAGGACAAAUAGAGGAACAACUUAAGAGGUUUACCACAGAAGCAAGGGAACAAGGAGAUCACAAUUUAAGGUUGCAAAACCAAAUUUUGGAACUUGAAACGAAGUCCAAAGAAAGAGAAGAGGAGCUAUCCGUCAUCGCGAAGAAACUCAAAGAUAAUGAGAAUGAAUCAUCUUCCAAGGUAUCAGAUUUGACAUAUCAGAUAGCCAAUUUGCAGGCUGACAUAAGCUCGUUACAUGCUCAGAAAAAUGAACAGGAAGAGCAAAUAAUUAUUAGAAGUAAUGAAGUAUCAACUCGAAUUGAAAGCGUUACAAAUGAGAUGAAGGUAUUGCAGCAGGAAGUGGAGUCUCUAAAACACCAGAAAUCUGACUUGGAAGUUCAGCUCGAGGAAAAAAGCAGAGAAAAUUCCGAGUGUAUGAUUCAAGUUCAAAGUCUGAAAGAGGAGGUUGACAGAAAAACUCUGGAACAAGAGAGAGUUAUGGAAGAUAGAGAAAAUUUAACCCGAGAAGCAAGGGAACUGGGAGAGCACAAUUUACGGUUACAAAACCAAAUUUCAGAACUUGAAAUAAAGUUCAAAGAAAGAGAAGAGGAACUGUCUGCUAUAAUGAAACGACUCAAAGAUAAUGAGGAUGAAUCAUCUUCCAUAAUAUCAGAUUUGACAUCUCAGAUAAACAAUUUGCAGGCUGAUAUAAGCUCAUUACAUGCUCAGAAAAAUGAACUGGAAGAGCAAAUAGUUUUUAGAAGUAAUGAAGCGUCAACUCGAAUCGAAAGCAUAACAAAUGAGAUGAAUGUAUUGCAGCAGGAAGUGGAGUCUCUACAACACCAGAAAUCUGACUUGGAAGUUCAGCUUGUGGAAAAAAGCCGAGAAAAUUCCGAGUGCUUGAUUCAAGUCCAAAGUCUGAAAGAAGAGGUUGAAAGAAAAAUCCUGGAACAAGAGAAACUUAUGGAACACAGAGAAAGUUUAACCACAGAAGCAAGGGAGCUGGGAGAGCAUCAUUUAGGGUUGCGAAACCAAUAUUCGGAACUUGAAAUAAGGUCCAAAGAACGAGAAGAGGAACUAUCUGCUCUCAUGAAGAAACUCAAAGAUAAUGAGGAUGAAUCAUCUUCCAAAAUAUCAGAUUUGACAUCUCAAAUAAACAAUUUGCUGGCUGAUAUAAGCUCAUUACAUGCUCAGAAAAAUGAACUGGAAAAGGACUUACUUUCCUCCCAGAAAACAAAAGAAGAAUUGGAGCUCUACUGCAAAAAAAUAAAAGAAGAACAUGCAGAAACCCUCACAGUGGUUGACAAUGAAAAGACCAAAUUAGCCAACCAAAACGUGGAUCUUCAGAGAACAUUGGAAGAACGUGAAGAUGCAUAUCAGAAGUUGAAUGAGGAAUAUAUAAAAGUUGACAGUUGGUUUAAUGAAUGCAAGGUCAAACUUGAAGUUGCAGAGAGGAAGAUAGAAGAAAUAGCAGGAGAGUUUCGUGAAGGCAUUGGGUCAAAAGAUCAUAUAGUAGGUGAUUUGGAACACCAAGUUGAAGUCUUGAAAAGAGACCUGGAAGAAAAAGGAGAUGAGAUCAGCACUUUGCUUGAGAAUGUGAGGAAUCUUGAGGUAAAGCUUCGCAUGUCAAACCAAAAGCUCCGGGUCACAGAGCAAUUGCAAAAUGAAAACGAAGAAAAGUUUAAGCAAAAACAGAGUGCACUUGAAGAUAAGGUUGCUACAUUGGUAGCAAGAAUCACAGCUAACAAUGAAGCUUUUCAUGAAACUAUCACAACUAUUAAAGAGUCUGUCAACAUUAUGAUAUCCGGAAUAGAUACUGUGAGCAGAAAAUUUUCAGACGAAACCAAAAAUCACGAGAACAGCAUCUCAAACAUCUCACAUGAGCUUCAGGUUGCAAAAGAGUACGUUUGCGAGAUGAAUAGGGUUAAGGGGAAGUUAGAGAAAGAUAAAAAUCGUUUGUUGGAGGAGCUGAAGGGUAAAAAGGAAGAGGAAUUAUCUCUGAGGGAGAAGGUUGAGAAGCUAGAGGCAAAGGCAAGAAAGGACGAAUCAGAGAAUAUCAAAGUGAAUGCAACUGUUGUUGAGCUCAAGAAGACAGUUGAAGAGCUUAAGAAGACAGUUGAAGAGCUAGAGAAGUUGGUCAAAGAGAAAGAGGAAGGUUUGGGAGAGGAAAAGAGGGACGCCAUUAGGCAGCUCUGUUUGUGGAUUGAUUAUCACAGAGAGCGUAAUGACUAUCUCAAGGAAAUCCUAUCAAAAACUCGCAGGGUCCAGAGAGCAGCAGGGUAG